GAGGAGAGAUACUGGGUUGUCAGUGAAGGACUGAGAGGACAGACGAGGGUGGAGGACUCACUCUGGUGAAUGAGAAGCUCUCUGCAUUACAGCACACAGAGGAAACACACAGGGCUGCAGGGUCUUCUGGGAAACUGAGUUUUUUUACACAUUUUCACACAGUUGCUCCCAGUCUUUUUUUUUUAGUCUGAGAUCCAAAAUGGAGGACGCAGAGAAUCAUACCUACAAACCUGCACUGUACACUACACAAGGCAAACAGGUGACCCUGGUGGUGAAGAGAGGGGCGGAGUAUGUGAGGAGCAGAACCACCAUCUUCCUGCUCGUGGCUCUGUUGGCUUCUGUCUGUGCCAAUAUCGUACUGGGAGUUCUCUUGGCCAACAGGUCUGUCUUGUCUGUGGGGAUGCAGUCUGAGGAGGUUCCUUCUCUUCAGAAGGAGCUGACCAGAGUACGUCGAGAUGAAAAAGUCAGUCUAGACCAGGCCCCGGCGGGAAACACCUCCUCACCAACAAACUUGACAUGUACGCCGUGUCCUGAGGGCUGGUUGUACAUUGAUAAAAAAUGUUAUGAGUUUAGUGAAGAUAAACUGGACUGGUACAAUAGCACAGACAGCUGUGCUUCAAAGGGGGGUCAUCUCGCCAUACUUCGCACACAAAAACAACACGAUAGCCUGCAGAAAGAGGCCAAUGCGAUUGGUGGGUUUGAUUAUCAUUACUGGAUUGGCCUAUCAGAGGCAGAGACAGUGGGAGAGUGGAACUGGGUGGACAACACACAUGUCAAUAAAACGUUUUGGAGCAAAUGGGACAAAACGUACAAACAUGCCCACAACGCCACGGAGAAAAUGUGCGUCGUAUUCAACACAAAUGGCGAGAGUUGGCACAGCGUUCCGUGUAACUACAUUUACAAAAGAAUCUGUGAGAAGGACGUCGUUUGGAUGUACCGUGAAUGAGACAGCAGAAGACACCUCUUCCGCUCUUUGAGUUUCUCAGUUCAUCUUGUCGUGGAUAAAGAUCAAGUCAAUAAAAUUUGAUGUGAAAAACACAAA